GACCAGCGAGCGCCGACUUGCGACAAUGGAGAAGAUCCGGCCGUGGGUCCGAACGGAGGUGCGCAGAACAGCUAUGGAUACCCCCCGAUGCAGCCUCCCGCGCAACGGAUUAGCGUGCCUGUGCAGCAACAGGACGAGCUCUUCAUAGGCAAUAACGGUGGAGGCAUGAGCCCACCUGUGCCGACCUCGCCCGGCUAUGGAGGAUACAGCUACCAGAAUCUCCCCCAGGCGCAGAGCCAAUACAACCCUGGGCAGUAUGCUCCUCCGGUCCCUUUGCCCAACCCGCAGACGUAUGGGGGCGUCAAUAGACAGUCAUUUGCCGCCGCCCCAUCGCACUCGCCGUACAAUCCAGCUUUAUAUGCCGAAACGAGCCUUGCGAGAAACAACACUGUGAGCCAUCCGUACGGCUUCUCGCCCAGCACUCCUUCCUCCGCGUCAUACCCCACACCGCCCCAGCAAUAUCCGACUCCUCCCGUUCAGCAAUCACAGUUUGCGCGGACAUACUCGGUGCAGGACCACAGGCAAUCCCAGCAGUAUGGACAAUCGCCUCAUUCGACUUCUUCGUCUGUCCCGGGGAGGUCGAGUUAUGCGGCCCCUGCCCCGCCCCCACUUCCAGUACCGCCAGGAAGUGCCACGUCUCCAUCGGAUGAUUGGGUGGGUAGCAUGCCAUCGAGACAAUCUUCGAACGCACCAUCGUACCAUGGUUAUCGCGCCUCAGAUCCGGAUAUUUCGCGGCAAAAUAGCCUACCAUCACCUCCGGGGUAUAACUCAGGCUACGGCCAGGGCAGACCUGAGAGGUAUCCGUCCUCUUCGAGUCACCAUUCAGGGAACACGCUCCCGCCAACGCCCGAAGUCCCACCGCAUCAAUCCCCGCAACGAACGGAUACUAUAGGCCGUCGACCUCUACCAGCUCCGCCUCCACAAGAAUCGGAUAGUGACGACUACUUCACCCACCCGAACGGUGGAAACAACAACUAUGUCGACCAGGAUGAACUGUUCAACCAAAUCGAGAACACAUUUAGUACUAGUGCAAGCAGCCCCGGCUACAAUCCUAGCAUACAGGUCCAGCAGCCUGUGAAUGGAGGCGAUCAUAGCUUGUCGUACCACUCUUCGGUACACCGGCAAGGGUCUGGACCGAAUGGAAAUACACUCAAUGGCCAUCUCUCACCAUACACUGCUCCGGAUAACUACAAUACCAGUGAUGAAAGCGAUAUCGAGGCAGCUGCAGGUUUGGCUGCGUUACAGAUGGCGGAGGCGCAAGAGGAAGCUGAUGAAGCCCGACGCCGGAGCGGAGGAAGUGGGUUGUUCAGCAAUUUUACAGCGGUACCACCCGCUCAAGGAUAUCUUAGUCCUGAAACUUCUCACCAUCCAGACCCGGGCAGUACCAGCGAUAGUGACUACGUUCCUAUCGAUGUAGGGUUAUAUGGCGGAAACUAUGAGCCUCAAUUCUCGUACGGUGGGGGGCCCAAUCAGCUCGCAAGCGUCUCGGAUAACCAAAACCACACUGUGACGUCUUCUGGCUCGCAACGACGAUCAGAAGCUGCCAGCGACGGCUCCUACGCAGAUCCAAUACAUCCGUUCCCACCUUUCAAUGCGAACGCAAGAGUGGACACUUUUGGUACUGGCGGGCUUGCCGAGCCUACAGCUAGGCGCCGACUUAGCUACGAUGAAGGGGAUGAGGUCACACUCACCGACACUCAGGUGGCAGCUGCGGCAGGAGAGCCAGCUGAUAUGUUCUUCCACCCAGGAAUGUCUGUCCGUCGGCCUUUGCCUCCACCGCCAGCCCAUGAAGCGCGGUAUUCGCAACAUGCCUCAUCGCAAAGUGCUGAUUGGAGAUACCAGCAAAAUCCUCGACAAUCUUACCAUUCUUCCCCCGAUUCCAUCCAGACUCCAACUUCAGCGGUGCCAAGAUCAACGUCGUUACUUAAUCACAGCAAUCAUACUCAAUCUAUCCCUCUACCGAGGUCGAAGACAGAUGCUGAGCAAUAUCGGAUGCGUCAGCAACAAAUUGCAUCUAGGAACAAUGCAUAUGGCGUUGAUAGUGACGGAAAUACACUGACACCAGCAAGCGGGGAUGCCGUGGCUCUCGAUCUUCCUGCGCUCCCGAGUGGUAAACGUUUCAACCCGGCGAAACUCACCCCCAGCGACUUCAAGAAAUGUUCAGAGCCGUGGGCGCUCAGUUCCGUUAUUGCUUGGCUGAAAAGCAUGGCCGAAGGAGAGGCUGAUCUCAAAGAGGGUGCUAUCCGAGACGGAUUGGUCGCUCUAUUCACUCAUAAAGUCCCAACUAUGAACGUAGCCGACGCAGAAACACUGGGUAGCCGUGUUGUCGCAGAGAUGUACAAAGCUGGCACUCUGGUUCACGAGGAAGAAUGGCUCAAAUUUUCUUCAGAGACAAUGACUGGAGUGAUAUUCCAGUUGACUGGGGCUGGUUGUUACGCUCCGAAGGUGCAUGAACACCACACGGGCGGCCGAUGCUAUGCCUAUCACUGCCAGAGGACAUUGAAGAAGAUCGACCUUCAAUCACAGCCCGCAGUUCCGCGGUCGGACGACUGGGCAACGUUCUACGCAGUCAAGAAAGAAGAUGUGGAGGGCGUCAACAAAAAGGAAAUUGAGCGUCAGAAUAUCCUUCACGAGAUCGUCCAGGGAGAAGAUAAGUUCAUGGAGAACCUAGAUGUGCUUCGGCAACUCUAUCGGGACAAGCUGCUGUCAUCACAACCUGCCGUUAUCGGUCCCAAAAAGCUGAAAAUCUUCAUUCGCGACGUUUUUGGGAAGGUGGAUGCCGUGAAAAAGGCGAACGAAGACCAUCUCCUUCCGCAGAUGAAAUACCGACAACAAGAACAAGGCCCAUGGGUGGUUGGCUUUAGCGACAUCUUCCGGGAAUGGAUAAGGAAAGCGAAAAAUGCAUAUAUUGAAUAUUCCGCGGCGUUUCCAUAUGCGACGUUUUUGGUGCGACAGGAAGCAGACAGGAACAUUCUCUUCCGAACCUUUUUGGACGAAGCAAGAGCAAACAAGCAGUCAAACAAGUUGAGCUGGGACACUUUCCUCAAAGCCCCGAUCACUAGGUUGCAGCAUUACAGUCUUCUUCUUGGGACGGUGCUUAAACGAACCACACAGGACGGGGAAGAAAAGAGGAAUCUUCAAAUCGCUAUGGAGGAGAUUAAAGCUGUCACCUUAGAGUGCGACAAUCGCGUCGCCGAAAUGACACGCAAGGUCGACUUGACAGACCUAGAGGAUAAGCUGAUUUUGCGGCCGGGAAUGCAACGGGUCGAGUUGAACCUUGAUCACCUUGGGCGAGAACUCAUCUAUAAGAACGAUCUGCAACGAUUAGGAGGGAACAGAUUCACCUGGGUGGAAAACCAUGCUCUACUAUUUGAUCACUAUCUUGUUCUUGCGAAGACGAUUAAGCAUAGGGAAGCCGAUGGAGUUACAGCGUCGGAGAAAUACGACAUAUCGAAACUUCCAAUCCCAAUGGACCUUUUGGUUCUGGAAAGCGAAGACGACGAUCCCGUCAUCAAGUCGGCUGUCAAGGGAUUCACACCAAUCGCCAACCCAGUGAAGGGUGUGCAAGACUCGCGCCUUGGAAGGACAGCUUCAAAUCAGAGCCCAGGUCCGGGAACCCUACAGCAUACUAAUACUUCAACUUCUCAAACGUCUAUGAGCACAACCUCGUCUGGCAAGACGUUGCAGCCAAACCCAAAUCUUGAACAACCAAAGGACGAGAAGAUUCUGUAUCCUUUCCGAAUCAAGCAUCUCGGAAAGGAGGUCUACACUCUUUUCGCUCCAAGCGCGGCCAACCGGGCAGAAUGGUGCGACAAGAUCAUCAUCGCGAAGACGAAGCACGCAGCAGCUCUGUUCGCACAGAACGCCGAACCUUUCCGCCUACGAGUCAUUGCAGAUUCGGCCUUUGCUUACGAAAGCGCGAUGCCUUCGCAGCGAAGCAUCACUAUCAAGGGCACUCCACUAGACAGGGCGAUUGACGAGGUGGAGAAGCUAUUCUCUGAGCGUGGUCGCCCUGUGCCAAUUUGUAGAGCAAAGGUCAAUUGCGCGACUGCAUUCAACCAGCCAUAUGGCAAGCCUAUGAUUGCAAUUGGCACUGAUAUUGGUGUUUACAUCUCGGAAAUGGAUAAUCCUCGUGGUUGGUCGAAGGCAAUUCAAAUACCAAGAGUCACCCAACUCGCGGUUCUAGAGGAGUUCAGCUUGAUGAUACUCAUCUCCGAUAAGUCUUUGAUUGCGUAUCACCUUGAUGCCGUAUGUCCUGUUGGUGGUGCGGCGCCAGGAAGCGACACUGCUCGGAAAGCCCCUCAGAAGCUAUCGGGGGCCAGAGAUGUUGGCUUCUUCUCCACCGGCAAAAUGAAGGAAAGGACUCUCGUAUUCUACAAGAAGCGCGAGGGUCUAUCUUCUACAUUCAAGGUCCUCGAGCCCGUCUACCAAAAAUCCACCGAGAAGAAAUCCCGCAUCUGGAAAACAGGCCGUACGGAAUUUUUCCGCGACUACGAUGAAUUCUACAUUCCGACUGAGUGCUACGGCAUCAACCUCUUCCACUCCUCCCUCGCCGUUUCUACCUCCAAGGGCUUCGAGGUCCUCACACUCGACAAGAAACAGCCCUGGUCUGUCCCUGACCUCAAGGCUCCCCACGUCGCCACCAUCGCCUCCCGCCUCAUCAACCAAGACCCUCUCGGCAUGUUCCGUCUUUCAGAUUCGGAGUUCCUGCUCUGCUACGAAGAGUGCGCCGUAUAUGUCAACAAGCACGGCGAUAUCUCCAGGUCUGUGAUCAUGGAGUUUGUGGGCAAGGCCAAGAGCGCGGCCGUGUACGGGCCGUAUGUGCUCCUCUUCGAUCCUGAUUUUGUGGAGAUCAGGAACGCGCAAAAUGGACGGUUACGGCAGGUUAUCUCGGGCAGGGAUGUCAAGUGCCUGGAUGACGGGCUGGGUGGCACGAACGGCGCCGUAAGGACGAUUAAGUUGAGCUUGCAGCAUCCGGAGCAGGAGCGGUGUCAGAUUGUGGUCGAGUUGCUGCUUAACGAGGGGCAGAAGGAGUAGUGGGUGUGAUGAGUAUGUUGGGAUGAAGUGGGCGGUUAUCUGAGCUCAGCUGGGCCUGGUUGGAUGAUGGGCGAAUCUGGGCUGACUUGUAGCAUUGUGUGGCGAGUCGAACUGUGCCUGGUUGAAUGGGAUGGAUAGGUGCUGGGUGCUAUGUUUGCAUGUUUUCUUCUCAAGGCUCUUUCUUUCGGGAGGCUGGUUGAAUGUUGCCCUUUUUUUUUCAUCGAAUGGA